ACAUACAUGAAAAUGAAUUUGUAGUAAUGAUUAUUUUUUAAAGUUAGACGGUUCAAGUAUGGAUGCCGAUGAAUAUAAUGGGAAGACUGUACUUGUUAUCAAUCAUACACAUAUGGUUAGCUGUUUCUCUGGAGAUGAAGUAAACUUGGAUUCAGGAUCUAAAUUUGUCAACACGAAAGCGAUAUUUCAGAAGUCAAUUUGGAGUAACCUUGUUGAAGCUGUCAUACAGUAUUGUCGUGUUGUAUUCGAUAUAUUUUCUACCGAAAAGCCUAUAUCCAUAGUAACUUUUGAUGAUGAAGAAAAGAUCCAUUCUAUCUGGGUAAAUGAGGAUCAAAAUUUGGAUACAAUAUGGAACAUAUUUUCACAGGAAGGUCCUCCCAAAAUAUCUUCACUCAAUUUCCUUGACCGUGGGUCACUUCCAGGCUUGUCUUCAGCCUGUCAUCUUUUACAAAUGCUAACGCCACAUCAGAAGGAAAAUAAUUCCAGUGACAACAAAGGCAGAGUAGUUAUCUUAAGCAUAUCCAUGGGUAAUCAGAUUUCUUCUUGGAUUCCGGAUAUUUUAUCAAAUUUAGAGAAGCCUAUUGACAUACCUGAACGUAUGGAUGUUACUUCAAGUGAAUGGAUUUUUGUGGAUCUGUUUCCAGCUUCUGAAUUUUCAACAGAUGUCAAUGAACUAUAUCCCAAACAAUUAGAGCUACCUCAUAAUGUAGAUCCAAAUGUUCGACAUCGUUUCUUCUAUCAUAAACUUCAAGCUACCAGUCAAGAAUUGUAUCAAGGUUUAAUGCGUCUUGCCGAAUGUCAUUACAAUCUUUCAAGUACACUUGUUCAAGAUAUUCCUAUGAAAGAAGAAGCCAAUAUUAAUUCUGGUAGUUCAAUGUAUGGUGUGGAAAUACUACAUCGAGCUGAAGUACACGAUAUGUUAAAAUGUGCAGGUAUUUACGACAAAUUAUUAGUACGUGCAGAUAGUGAAAAUAGUAAAUCCAUAUCACGACCGAAUUCGGGAUUUUCAAAAACUCUAGGCAUAAAAUGGGUUACACCGAAGUCAUCAGAUACUAGUUUUCUGCGCUUCGCUGUUGCAACAUACCGAGUAACUUUAGCUGAUGUUUGCCACAGAGCAUCCACUUGCUUAGCUCAAUUUGUUUUAGGAGGUCGGUCUGUUGCAUUGGCUCAUCGUUUACAGUCUUCAUUUCCAGCAUUACCUAACGAUUCCAACUUCCUUGCAUCUUGUCCAACAGAUGAAGCUCUUCUACUCACUUGUCAUGGAUCUGUAAUGUAUAUACAUGUUUUAGCUACACUUUUCCCAAUGACUCAUCCACAGAAUAUUUCUUUGACAUCUAAUCCUAAUAUGUCUACGGGAGAUUAUCGUGUACAAGCUUUCAUUGAUCAAAUUUUACGUCCUUCUCGUUUAGCUCCAGCGUCAGCUAGAUUAAAUUAUUCUGUAUUCCCUAAAAAACGAGCUCAGCAACAUAUCGAACGUCAAACACGAUAUUGGCCACUUAUGGAAUCUCAAACAUUACUAGGCAAAACUAAGUUAGAUGUUGCCCGAAUUUCGACAUUCGAUUACGAAUAUUUAGUUCAUAAGCAUAAAUCUCUCGGACUAUCAUCAUCAUCAGGAAAUUUACCAGUUGCACCUGUACUUCAAGCGGAAGCAAUUGCAAUGGCUACAGAGCUCGAUUAUAUUCUUUCUUUAUACAGUGAUAUUUCAACGGAACAUGAACAAAUUCGUAAUUAUUGGAUACAAACAAUAAGUCUAUCGAAAAAUGAAACAUCCAAUGAAUUAUUAACAACACAUUCAACAAAUGAAAAUGAUUUCAAUGCAUUAAAUUUGACAGAAAUGAUUCGUUUAGCACGUACCAUAGCUUAUGAUCAAAUGGAUAUUAUUGAUUUGAAAAUUCCUUUAGCAUUGAUAAAAAUUAUGAAAAAUUUGACAAUUCUAUGUGAACGUCUUCGUGUACAUACAGAUUUUCAUGAUUUCAAAUGUUGUAUUGGUAAUCAAAUCAACAAUGAAAAAUCUACAUUGAAUCCAGUAAAAUCGUCUAAAAUGAUGGUUAUCAUUGAACCUGCUAAUCGAGCAAAUUUCAUUGACUGUUUAAAAUUAUCAAAACGUCGACGUGUUGUACAAAUGCAAAAAUUAGAUUUUGUUGGUGUACUUACUGCAGAUUCCAAGGGGUUAUGUCAAUUGUACAAAGGUUUAAAAGAUAAAGAAAAAUCCAAUGCUUAAUUGAUUUCUUUCUGUUUACUUAUAUCAAAACAAAACAACGCAUUUUCAGAUCUUGACGAUUUUUUUAAAAAAAAAUGUAAAAAACCAAUUUGAACAACAC